UCUUGCUGAAUGCGUACGGUAUAAAUAUUGAUCGGUCAGCGUAGAAUGAUAUCAUUUUGCUCUCUACCUUUCCGAUCUUAAGUUCUAACUUCAAUCUAUCCCCCCGCAGCAAUGUCUUUCAAAUUCUUCGCCCUCCUCGCUCUGGUUGCUGCUGCCAGUGCCGUCGUUCUUCCGGUGGCUGUCAAGCAUGUGGAAUACCACGAUGCCCCAGCUGAGUACCACUUCCAGUACUCGGUCCAUGAUGAUCACACCGGAGACAUCAAGAGCCAGCAGGAGGAACGUCAUGGAGACAACGUCGUCGGACAGUACACCUUGAUCGAUGCUGACGGCUAUCAGCGCAUUGUCGACUACACCGCCGAUGAGCAUAACGGAUUCAACGCCGUCGUCCGACGAGAGCCACUUGGACACAAGGUCGUCAAGGCAGUCCCAGUUGCCAAGGUCGUUGCUCCAGUCCUGACCAAGGUUGCUGUCCCGGUUGCCAAGGUUGCCUAUCCUACCUACUAUCAUCAUUAGGUCAUCACCCAUUCGCCGCAUUGACAUUGCAAACUGUGCCAUAAAUCAUGUUGUUCAUCUCAUAGCUACAAUUGAAAUGAUAGACAAAAUAUUUAUUAAACUCAAAUCUUGAUAAACAAGACAAAACAUAAA